AUGCAACGGUUGGAGCAGAGGGUCGUGGACAGCCAGAAGGACUGCCAGAAGAUGGUCCACAAGAUCAGAGGCGAGCUCGCCGGCUCAGAAGACAGACUAUCCAAGUCGGUCUCGCGGCUCAGCGACGCUUUCACAGGCCUGGUGAAUGGGAAACUCAGCGAGGAACGUCUGCGAGAGUUGAGCUGGCAGGCGGCCGUGUGCCAGCUCCCCGUGUGGCUGCACCAGAUGGGCGCGGCAGACGAGCAGUCUGAGGAGUCGCUCCAGGCUUUCUUUGGUCGGAUCAGGGACGACCUGGACUCCGAGCGCGGGGCGCGCUCCCGAGACUUCGCCACGCUUCAGGGGAUGCUGCAGCGCCAGACGGCCCAGCUGCACGAGGGUCACCAGCGGGUGUCGGAUCAGCUCCAAGAGCUCGACCAGCAGUUCAUCCAGCUGCUCGACCGGCAGCUGGAAGGGCUGGAGCAGAGGCUGGCGGGGCAGCUGAUGCACCUGGACCAAGAGCUGGCGGUGCAGGUCGAGAGGGCCCGCCAAGGAUUGGAGGUGAGGCUGGAGGCGCUGGCGCACGAGGCUGCGCCCCCGGCGGCCGCGGCCUUGGCCGACGCGCCCGCCGCGCUCGGGCCACAGGCAGCUGCUCCGACGCCGCAGGCGGCCCCUCCCAGCCUCGCAGCCGUGCCUCCUCCGCCGGCGGCCGCCGCCGCUCCGCCGAGGGCGGCCGCUGCCGCCUCGCCGCGCGUGGCCUCGCCGCGCGGAGCGGCCGCGCCGCGGGUGCCAGAGGCCACGGCUGGGGCAGCUCGCCUGCCCAGGGCGGCCAGGCCAGAGGCCGAGGCUGCCCCGCCAGGAGAGGGAGGCUCGGUGGGCGACGGCGCCCUGGCCACACGGUGUGCGCAGGUGGAGCAGGCAGUCGACGAGAUUCGGAGCAUGCUCGGGGGUGUUGGGGAGCAGCUGGGGGCGUGCCUGCACGACGUGGCAGUGCUGCGGGGCGACUGGGCGCCCAGGAUGGCCUCGGACCUGGAGGAGGCGGUGGGCCUGUGCCUCGAGAGGAUCGAGGCCAAGGGCGCUGAGCUGCAGGAGCAGCUCGACCGGCUCUACCCUCCUGUCGUCUUCGAGGGCGGCCAGCACGCUAAGGUGAGCGAGGCGCGCUUGUACUCCAUGGACCGCAGGCUGCGACACUUGGAAGAGGGCUGCGCCCGGUCGCAAUCCUGGCCUCCCUCGCAGCGAAGCCCAGGCCGCCCUUCGCAUGGUCAGCCUGGCGCCGCGCCUUGGGGGGCGCCAGACCUCCAGCUGACCAGCAGCAUUGGCAUCGCGGGCGCGGGGGCCGCCGCGCUGGGGCCGCCAGACCUGGACAGACGCCGGAGAGGCGACGCGCGGCCCACGGGCGCAACCGCCUUGCCGCCCGGAGCCCCUCCAGGCCGUCGAGCCCUUCCUCGAGAAGGCAGCCAGCAGCCACAGGCCGGGCCCCUCCUUGCAGGCCGUGCUCGCCGAGGCCGUCCCCGGGGGGCGGCGCGUCGGCCCCGGCAACUUCGCCGCCGCGCCCGCGAACGCGCGGGGGCCGCCGCCGGGUUGGCGCGCCAGCAGGCUUGCACAGGGCUGCGCGGAGCCGCCCUCGGACGAGGCCCCGAGGCCUCGCUGCUCGCUCGCGAGCGCGGCCGCCGCCGCAGCCGCGCGCCCGCGCAGUGCUGCGGCGGGCCCCAGCGGGCCGCCGCAGCGGGCAUCCACGGCGGCGAGGCCGGCGCGGGCGAGCAGCGCGAGGGCGAGGCCGCAAGCCGCCGGGGCGCAGGGGGGCGUGCCGACGGCCGCCGGGGGUUUCCGCAUGGGGAGGCCGCCCGGUCACAAUCGCCAGCAGGACUCGGCCAUCCAGGCCGAUGGGGCUUGCGACCUGGCGGUGCGCGUGGUGGAGAAUCCCGCGGGCAGGGAGCAGCACCGCUAGCCGACCAGGCUUGUUGAGGGGUUCUCGCCGUCGCCUAUGGAUCCCCUCGUCGUCCGCCACGCAUGCGGUUUGUUUGCUCGGACCCCCUCGCGUCGUGAACAAUUACUGGCGGCAGGUUUUUCACGUGGUUUGGCUUCCGGGGUCCCGGGACCCUUGCUGGGCCUCGGGGCCGUCAACAAACACGAUGCAGUGUGAGAGACCAGUCCCUGGGAAAGGGUCCAGACCUCUGGAGGCCCGCGCUGCGAAACAAUCAUGACGUCCGGGGUCUGGGCCUGCCACGCCGGCAGCUUUCCCGCCUCCCCGCUCCAUGACCAAUGUCAUUGGGCGCGCCUUCGUCGUUUUCUCCCCAUCUGCCCCGCGGUGGCUGUGAUCUCGCGGUCACGCGAAAAAGCGGCGCGUACCUUCCUUGCCGUAGCUCUGCGUCAGGGCGGGAGUGGGAUUGUUCAGAGCUCCACGCGUCCAUCAAUCCCUUCUGCAGUCGGGAUUGAUUGGAGAGGACACGCGAGAG